UUUAAAUUAACACCGGAUAUAUAUGGAAAUCAUGUUAUCUAUUGAAUUAUUGUUCAGGUGUUGGAGAUGGGUAUUGUGGUUCAUUCAGUAAUUAUAGGAAUAUCACUGGGUACUUCUGAAAGUCUCGAUACCAUUAAACCUCUAAUGGCGGCUUUGUGCUUCCAUCAAUUCUUCGAAGGUGUAGGACUUGGUGGAUGCAUUGUACAGGCAGCGUUCAAGUCAGCAUCUACAUUGUGCAUGGCAUUGUUCUUCUCCCUCACAACUCCAGUAGGAAUCGCAAUCGGAAUAGGAAUAUCUAAUGUUUAUGAUGAAAGUAGUCCAACAGCUCUUAUUGUUCAAGGGUUGUUAGAUGCGGUGGCGGCCGGAAUUUUGAUUUACAUGGCACUUGUAGAUCUUCUAGCUCAAGAUUUUAUGAACCCUAAGAUGCAAACCAACACUAGGCUUUUCUUUGGAGCAAAUCUUACCUUGCUACUUGGUGCUGGUUUUAUGGCUGUUUUAGCUAUAUGGGCUUAAUUUUUUACCAUGACUUUAAGCUUUUUGUGAAGUGAUCACUGAUUAUAUUGAUUUUUACAUCCUUUAAAUUUUUUUUUUAUUAUUUUUUUUUUAAUUUUUUGAGUGUUAUCGGGUGAUGAACUACAUACAUUUUUGUAAGUAUCAUAUCAUUUAAUACAUGUUUAUACCCCGUGUGAUUAAGAAACAUUCAUAGUAUUAUUCAAUCGGUAUCCAUAUAUGUAUAUAUCUGACAUUUGCAUCUAAAAGAUUAGAUCAUCACAAAUAAGUAUUAUUUUUUGUCCAAAGUAUAUUAUUUGGCAGGCUCAUGCACCGUACAAACAAUAGCACCUUCGUUGGUACAAUCUGUGGUAAUUUGGUGAAUUGAGUAAAUUGAUUUUGAAAAAUUUGUUGUUUUAAUUAAUUGAGCAAAGCUUGUAAGAGUUCAACAUUUCUGUGUGACUGGCCAUACCGUGUGGCAGGGGUUACUUGUACGUAUUACUUAUUCAGGGGUUACUUGUAUGUGUUACUUAUUCAGGGGUUACUUGUAGGGGUUACUUAAUCAAUCGGUUAGCGUGUUUUC